AUGACAUCCACUCUUCAGGAAUUCAUCCACUCUCUGAAUCCCAGAACCCUCCCAAGAGUCCUUCAGAUCCAGUCAGGCAUCUAUUUCCAAGGUUCUAUUUAUGAAAUGUUUGGAAAUGAAUGCUCUCUAUCAACGGGAGAAGUGAUUAAAGUGAACAGUUUCAAAAUAAAGAAGGUCAUGGCUAACACUUGUAAGGAAAAUGAAGAUGGUCAAUGUUCUCCCAAAUUUGAACUGCCUCUAAAUUUUCCAGGUCUUUUCAAGAUUAUGACUGAUAGAGUACCAUAUCAUACGAUGGGUGACAUUACAAGAGCAGUUUAUAUUGGCCCAAACCGGCUAAGUCACCCUUGCUUCUACCAUCAGAAGGAUAUAAACUUGGGGAAUCUCACCAUCAGCCCUGGUGAACCCAUCAUGCUCAACUCCAUCGAAGAGGUCAAUGGGGAAAUGUUGGUGAACUGUGGAGUGGUGAGGGACAAUCAGAAUCACUCAUUUACCAUACCUUUAUCACAAGAAGGAGAGUUCUAUGAGUGUGAAGAUGAACAUAUGUACACCCUAAAAGAGAUUGCAGAGUGGAAGAUUCCAAAGAGCAGGAAACGGAUUGUGAAAUUUACAGAUAUUUCCAAUAAGUGGAACUCCAUUUAUCCACUGCCUAAGGAUUUUGAUGGUUUGCUUAGUCUCACACCUAUCUAUGAAAUACAGGCAGUGAUGAAAUUCCGGAAGGAUAUAGUUCGUAUCCUCUCUGAUCUUGAUGUGGAAGUUAAGGACAUAACUGACUGUUACGAUGCUAAGUGUUUCCUUCAGCUCCUAUCCACUGAAGAUCUUUUUGAAAAGACUAGUAAGGAAUUCCCUAUGGCAGUUGAAGUGAUAGAAGGACCUCAAGGGAAUCCAUUGGCCAGUGGCUUAUUACAACCUGGAAAAACCAUUGUCAUCCACAAAAAAUACCAGGCAUCAAGGAUCUUAGCUUCAGAGAUCAGAAGUGAUUCCCCCAAAAGGCAUUUCUUGAUUCCAACUAGCUAUAAAGGUAAAUUCAAGCGGAGACCUCGGGAAUUCCCUACUGCCUAUGACCUGGAGAUAGUGAAGAGUGAUAAAGAGCAGCUCCACGUGGUAGCCACGAAAGGCUUUGAUUCCCCUUAUGAGGAGUUGUCUUCUGUGUCUGUGGGGGACCAGUUUUUAGUUCAGUGUUCACAGACCACUGAAGUUCUGUGUAAGGGGAUCAAAAAGGAAGUGGGUGUUCUGGCUUGUGAAAAAAUCCUCAAAAAGGCCUAUGAGCCUGUUCUUUUACCUCUGUACAUGGAAGGUGGCUUCAUAGAAGUGAUUCACGACAAGAAUCAGUACCAACUUUCCAAGUUGUGUGCUCAAUUUCGCUUGCCUUUCAAUGUCAAGGUCUCUGUGAGGGACCUUUCUAUUGAAGAUGACAUUUUGGCUGCCAUACCUGGCCUGCAGCUGGAGGAAGAGAUCACAGAUUCUUAUCUGCUCAUCAGCGACCUCACUAACCCCAGUGAGAGCUGGGAGAUUCCUGUCAGCCGCUUGGGCAUGUCUGUCCAAUUGGUCAGCAGUACAGUUGAUGUCAUUGAUUCAUUUCCAGUCCGAACCAUUGUAGAAGAGAUCAGUGAAGAACAGUAUUACAUGAUGAGGAGGUAUGAAAACCUAGCCUUACACCCACCACCUCGGCCCCCCAAAAAACCCUCCAUAAUGGAAAGGAAACCAGAUUUUCUUGCUCCUCACAAGCUAAAUAUCAUGGAUCCACCAAAGUCUCCCAAGAGUCUCCAUGUAGAAACAGCCAAGAAUCUACACUCACAGCAAGCAACUGCCGCAUCAAAAUUACCAGUUAGUUGUCAAAUUGAUUUGACCCAUCCGGAGACAGAGCAGGAUGUGAUCAGGACAACUGCAUUAGCAGAAACCAGCGUGAUGAGAGCAAAAACUGUGCUCAUAAAAGAUGAUCUGGAAAGGAAGCUAAAGGAUGAGCAUGAUCAUAAACACAUCAAUGAAAAUUUAGCUGGGGAUGUAAAACAAAAAUUACAAGAACGGACCUUCCACAGUAAAGCCCACUCUUGAAGAAGAAACCUUCCAAAAUGACUAAUAUCUACAGUAAUGAGAAAUAAUUGAAACCA